AUGAAAAGGAUUGGCAGAAGAGAUUCUCCGAUUCACAGUCGAUAUCGACGUGAUGAAUCAAAUGGAAGAGAUUCCAAUAGCUAUAGAAAUUAUGGAGUGCAGAGCAACCGAUCUAGACCCAUGCAACAAUCGCCUCCCUAUGAAAGACAUAAUCCGCGAAGUGGGUGUUCAUCUUUUUCUCGCUCCCAACGGGAUUAUGAUGAUUCUGGUCGUCAAAGUGGAUCAGGGAGUUUUCGAUCUGGACCUCCUGUUCGAAGGUUUAACCAACGUUCUGGAAACAGUGGAGGACAUCGGUCUUCGGAUAUGUACGACCAGGGGUCUCAUUCAGAUCGACUUCUUCAAGGAUUGAUGGCAAGUGGGGAUUUAAUCGGUCAAUCUGGUACAAAAAUCGAUCCAGUGUUUGCCGCCGCAGCAGCAGCAGCUUUAAAUGCCACUUUCUCCGCAUCAAAUUCCAAGUCCUCUUCCGGGAACAUGUAUUCUCCCAACUCUUCGGCUGUUGCAGCUGUGGCCGCUGCUGCCAUGAAUGCGGCAGCAAUCGCAGCGGCUAUUGGAGGAGGCCCAAGUUCAUCGAAUGGAUCCUCAUUUCAGUUUCCUGGACUUGGUGGCUCUCAUCAUUCCCUUAAAAGUUGUGGCGGUGGCAACCGCUCUCCGCAUUAUGAUCGCCGUGGUGGUGGUGACGGUUACCAUGGUAGUAGAACACGGGAUCGUCUUUCACCACCUUACCGGAGUGACGGCCGCAGGUCUACUGUCAAUUCCACUACUGACGGCCAUCCUACCCCCGAGGAUGAUCCUACUGCUACUCGGACUCUAUUUGUCGGUAAUCUCCCACCAGAUAUCCGUGCGUCUCAACUACAGCAGCUUUUUGACGUAUAUGGAAUUAUUGAGGACAUUGAUAUCAAACGCCCUCAAAAUGGAAGUCCCAAUGAACCAGCAUAUGCAUUUAUUAAAUUUGUCAACGUUAGUAUGGCUUACAGAGCCAAGUUGGGGAUGGCUGGCAAACGUAUCGAUGGUUAUGUUUGUAAAGUCGGCUAUGGUAAAGUGUCCCCCACUCGAUGCUUGUGGGUAGGUGGCCUUGGACCCUGGACAACUUAUCCGAAUUUUGCCUCCCUAGUAGAGCGUGUUUCUCGCCCCAAGAAAAUUAUAUGGCCUUCGGGAAAGGGCUAUGCUAAUAUCCUCUUCUAUACAUCUGAAGAUGCAGCAUCUGUAGCUAACGCUCUUCGCGGAGUCCAUAUUGGUACUGGAGGUAAUCACCGGCUUCGUGUUGACUUUACAGACGAAUCUCACAUGGUCAACUCGGGUACAAUUGAUUCCCUCCGUCGUGGACGUCCUGGUGCAUUGGAUAGUAGAAAGCAGCGUUUUAAAAGAGAAGGUAUUCGACAUCAACGCUCCGUUUCACGCUCUCCUCUUCGAAGGUCACCAGUAAGGAGGUCGAGGUCGUUCUCUUCUUCUAGAGGAGUGGCAAGGAGUCCAUCUGUCAGUGGUGACGGGGGUCGUACUUCAAGGUCACCGACUUCACCACAGUCCCAUUCUCGUACGCAUUCUCCAGCAGUUGGUGUUUCUGAGGAACUUGUCGGUAUGCCGGAAAUCAAUUCAUCCUGCGGCAUUGGUGAAGUUACUUCUUGUCUCUCUGGUCCAGUGUGGAAGGCUGUUUUUGCAUUGAAGAAGAGUAACUUUUCAUGCCAUUUGUAUGCUGUUACUGGUGAUACAGCGCUGGCUGAUCAACUCUUCCCCAGACAUCAUCCUAAGCCCCCCCAAACGCCUCCGGAUGAUGAAGAGGAAGCCGAGGUUGGGGAAACGGACGAUUCAAAAGAUAAGGCGGAUGGUGAUGCGACUGUUUCAGAUAGCAAAACUCCAUUUGGAGCAGCCGUGAAUUCACCCCUAUUAAGAAUUAGCCAGCGCUUGAGGUUGAACGUCUCAAAAUGUGAGGAGAUCAAGAAACGAAUGAAAACGGUUAAUCGUGGGGACUUCUGUAUGCUGCUUGCUACAGAAUCGGUGAAUGAGGUUGUCCCUACUGUUAUUAAAGCAGAGGAUGCAGACAAUCAUAAUCGCCAGCUGACUGAUUUGAUCACAUAUUUGGCAAGCAAGGAGGCUGCUGGUGUAGUGGUAGUCAGUGCUGAUGGGCUGGAAGGACAGUGCGAUGGUGAUGACCAGCAGCAGCAAUCGUUUUUGGAUAGUGAACACUCGAGGGUUCUUCAUGUUUUGCCUCCUGGAGACCUUUCGAUUGCACUUCUUGUAGAAGGAGGCAUUAGUUGCUUGCGCCAGAAAAGAGUGGAAGCAGGAGACAAUUAUCUUGUUAUCCUCCUAUCGAAAAACUCGGGUUUUAUGUAA